AUGAUCGCCAUACUCGGACCGAACUCGAUCAACGAGAAAAGUUUUGUUCGUGGUCGACACAUCUCGUCGCGCUUGUGGCGGCGAUCUUCUCGCUUCCAGAACAUUAAACUUUCUCCGGGCGUCCGAGGCGAUCUGCAAUGGAUUGAGUCCCUGCUUCAGAACGGUGCAGCCAAUAGCGUCCCCACAAGUAUCAUGGCAGAGACUCUAUCCCCCGACGAUAUUCCAACCGAACUUCGCAAGAUCUACGAGCCAAAGUUGCGUUCCUACAGUGGCGGUCGCUCGCAGAUACAUCGCGCCAACGAUACCCCAAUACUUAGAGACAAUGGUGCCGGUUCUGCGCCCGGCGAGGUUGCAACCAGUGGCUGUCACCAGAUGACCCCGAACAACAAUCCAUACAGCUUAUUAUGCUCGCAGUUGAAUGCUGGGAAGGUCACAGCGCAUCACCGAGUUGAUACCGUACGGGCUAAGCUCAGCCACGUCCGAUGGUGUCGUCAACUUCACGCCGGCUACCGACCAGCCUUGUCGCCGCAACACGAGCUGGUCCUCCAGAAUAUGCGCCGACUCAGCUCCCCCCCCCGUCGCCAGCGCGCUGCAGUUACCAUCGAGAUGCUCCGCCAGAUCACCACAGCAUCCGACAUGUUCAUCGCCCGCAUCGCGUGCUUUGUGGGGCGGCGGUGCUAG